AUGUCGGGACCUUCGACAACGGAUCCACCAGACGUAGAAAUGGUAUCGCUACAGGACUCUCUGCGCUCUGUGAACACUGUCAGUACCGCCCUACAACCAACUGCAUCAAGACCAUUUGUGCUUAAGAAAUGGAACGCCUUGGCCACAUGGGCUUGGGAUGUUGACUGCGACACUUGUGCCAUUUGUCGAGUCCAGUUGAUGGAGGAAUGUCUUCGAUGCCAGGCUGAAUCGUCGACGGCGGAUUGCGUUGUGGUCUGGGGAGAAUGUAACCAUGCUUUUCACAACUGUUGUAUGAGUCAGUGGGUAAGACAGAAUAACCGGUGUCCUUUGUGUCAACAGGACUGGGUAGUGCAACGGAUUGGUCGAUAA